UCACUCAUAGUGGUUGUGUUUGAGAGGGAGUGUGAAGGAGCUCUCUCCAAAGGAAAUGGGGAAGUUUGUUCUGGUACAUCUCUUGCUUCUAGUGGUGUAUCUAGGGUCACUACUUCCUUCUCUUGCAUGUCCCUAUUGCCCUUACCCAACUCCUCCUACUAAACCACCUAAGGUGCCACCCAAGUUCCCUCCCAAGCAUCCUCCAAAUGUUAAGCCAUUGCCACCACCCCCAGUUGUGGUCAAGCCACCCUACGUUAAGCCGCCCAGCCCACCCAAGGUGAGCCCCAAACCACCACCCUAUGUCAAGCCGCCCUACGUUAAGCCGCCCAGCCCGCCGAAGGUGAGCCCCAAACCACCGCCCUAUGUCAAGCCACCCCAUGUUAAACCACCCCAUGUUAAGCCACCCUAUGUCAAGCCACCCUAUGUUAAGCCACCACAUGUUAAACCACCCCAUGUUGGCCCGCCCUAUGUAAAGCCCCCUCCAGUUGAGAAGCCGUGCCCGCCUCCCCCUCAGGGAGUUCUGCCUAAGCCUCCGACCCCAGCACCGGUGGUCCCCACACCGCCAUCACCUCCGAAAGUAUAUCCACCAUUGCCUCCACCAUCGCCUCCAACAGUUGUCCCUACACCGCCAUCGCCUCCGAAAGUAUAUCCACCGUCGCCUCCGAAAGUAUAUCCACCAUUGCCUCCAAUAGUAGUCCCCACCCCGCCAUCGCCUCCAAAAGUUGUCCCCACACCGCCAUCGCCUCCGAAAGUAUAUCCACCGUCGCCUCCGAAAGUAUAUCCACCAUUGCCUCCUAUAGUCGUCCCCACCCCGCCAUCGCCUCCAACAGUUGUCCCUACACCGCCAUCGCCUCCGAAAGUAUAUCCACCGUCGCCAUCACCUCCGAAAGUACUCCCGCCAUCGCCUCCAAUUGUAGUCCCCACACCACCGUUCCCUCCGAAGGUUGUCCCACCACCUUUCCAGAAGCCGUGCCCGCCGCCGCCGCCGCCAACACAGCAAACAUGCCCCAUUGACACACUCAAGCUGGGUGCAUGUGUGGACCUCUUGGGUGGUCUGAUCCACAUUGGCAUAGGCAGUGGGGCCAAGGAUACAUGUUGCCCAGUUCUACAAGGGCUGGUAGACUUGGAUGCAGCUCUUUGCCUUUGCACCACCAUCAAGGCCAAGCUCCUAAACAUCAAUAUCAUCCUACCCAUUGCUCUUGAGCUCUUGAUUGACUGUGGGAAGACCCCUCCACCAGGGUACCAGUGUCCUGCGUAAGGUACACUAACAAGUGGCAUUUUGGUAAUUUUUUAUGUUUUUUUGUAUGAAGGGUUAAAAAGGCGUGGAUAGACAAUCAAAGACUAACCCAUGGAUCAGCUGGGAGUGUAGGAGAUAGAGUUUUUGUUUUGGAAUGUAUGUGAGUUUCUCAAGACAUGUGGGAAAUUUGGAAAGAAUAAUGCAAUGCCUAGGCUAAUCCAUGGAUGAGGGGUUGUUUUGAUGCAGCUGGGAGUGUAAGAAAUGGAGUUUGUUUUGUUAUGUAUGUGAGUUUCCUAAGCCAUGUAGGAGACUUGGACAGAAUAAGCAACGCAUAGAGUCUUAAACGGCCUAUGUUUCUCUUUUUUA